CGUGCCUACCACUGCGCCGAUCGUGGAAGCUGCGUAGUGCCUCCUACUUGCGCUACUAUCUUCGACAAGGAUACGUCGCCGCGCACAGUGUUCGAAAAUUGUAUCGCGCGUGCUUUCGACUUUACCUGGCGGCGUCAUCGACUUCGCAAGGAAUCCGAAGUAGCCGAUCAUGAUUCGCUGGCUGCCGCUGUUGCUGGCGUGGGCGGCCUGCCUGGCGGCCGGCCAGUCCCCAGACGCCUCAGACUCAGGCUGGGACUGGGACUGGCAGGUGCAGUUCUUCCCGGAGCUCGUGGGGCAGCUGCCCUCCGACUCGAGCACGCGGGUAGACUUCAACACCAGCGACCUCAGUGAUGCGGACCGCCGCUGGGGCGUCGUCACCGUGGCCAGCCGUGACCCACACAUCGCCAAGGUUACACCUGAGAGUACACAUUACACACUUCGAACUCAGCACAUGGGUGAGGAUGGUGUGUGGUCAUCAGCAUUCGAGGUGUCAGGUGUAUUUUUAGGACAUACAACUAUGUGGCUGCAAAUGCACAACAACAGCGUGGACGGUCCACUGAUGCGCCGGUCUCCGCCUGUGCCCGUCACUGUGGUGCGCCCGGACCGUGCCAUUGACCACGCCUUCAACUACAGUGUUGCCAUCCUUGCAUCCAUCAUCUACAUCAAUUUUGGUUGCGCACUAGACAUUGCAGUGCUUACAAAGACACUCCGCAGACCCAUAGGACCUGUCAUUGGCCUUGUAUCACAGUUUUUGUUUAUGCCUCUGAUAUCAUAUGUUCUGGGCCUUAUUUUGUUUCCAUCAUCUGCUGCUAUGCAGCUAGGGCUUUUCUUUACUGGAACGAGCCCAGCAGGUGGAGCAUCAAAUAUAUGGACCUAUGCCCUUGAUGGAAAUAUAAAUCUCAGCAUAACAAUGACAACUAUAAGCACAUUUGCAGCAUUUGCUAUGAUGCCUCUGUGGAUCUUUUCUCUUGGCCAUACAAUAUUUGCCCAGGCUCAGAUCACUAUACCUUAUGUACGAAUUGGGACAAUUGCAUUUGGUUUACUAAUUCCAUUAUUUAUUGGUCUACUUCUACAAAGAUUUUUACCAAAAGUUUCAAAAUUUAUGGUGAAGAUUCUCAAACCCUUUGCUGCAUUGCUUAUCAUAUUUAUCGUGAUAUUUGCAAUCAUCACCAACUACUAUCUUUUUCAUCUAUUUUCUUGGCAAAUACUGUUGGCGGGUAUGGGUCUUCCUUGGAUAGGAUUUUUCUCUGGAUUUCUGGCUGCCAGAGUUUUCCGACAGCCAUCAGAGGACAUAAUAGCAAUUGCAAUUGAGACUGGAGUACAAAAUACAGGCAUUGCCAUCUUCAUGCUCAGAUUCUCAUUGGGUCAACCUGAAGCAGACCUUACUACAGUGGUGCCUGUAGCAGUGGCAGUACUGACUCCUGUCCCCCUGAUCAUCUUAAUAGCAAUCCGAAGACUGCGCAGGUUUGUUUAUGAUCUGUCUCGACCAGGUCCAGAACUUGAACCACUGGGUCAGCAGAAUACCUCCAAUAAACUGGCCCUUAUUACUCAUCCAGUUACAGAGGUGCCAACUAGUCAUCCUUGACAAGAGUGAUAAAGCAUAAGAAGAAUGAAUAUAUGACUUGCAUGACUUGUAUUGUGAGUGUAGUAAUCGAUAAUUUGAGGUGGUCCACUGAAGGGCAGCACUGUGAAUGUGGAAACCUGCUCGUGGUGGUUACUAAUGAGCCAUCUGUGAUAUUUUUUAAACCAGACAUCUAACAUUUUUGGUGACUGUCACUAGUUAUACACAUUAUAUUGUGAAAUUUUAUGUACUGUUUUAGGAAAGAAAUGUCUUUUCCAGAAAAUGCAUAUAUUUUUGUCUGGAAUUGAUAUGAACUUUAUUGGUCUGUAACAGUUAAAUAAUUUCUCUCUCUCUCUCUCUCUCUCUCUCUCUCUCUCUCUCUCUCUCUGUGUGUGUGUGUGUGUGUGCGUGUGUGUGUGUGUGUGUGUGAUGGAAAUAGAAUGGAGUGGAAGGUGCACAGAAAGACAGAUGGAGAAGCCAGAACCAAUUGGUCCUGAAUUAAAAUUUUAACACUUAACUGUAACUCCACAUAAUUUGAAUAUUUUUAAAAGUCACAUUUGAAAAGCUUAUAACUUUACUAUGAGUUCAAUGAAUGCACAGCAUAUGUUCUAUACAUUUAAUUUUAUCCAUCUUAUUUUCUUUUCCAGUAAUUAAUCUUUCAAACUGAAUAUAAGGACAAGGGCAUUUAACUGGAGAUAGUAGGCAUUGAAAUUUUACAUAAUUAUUUGUGCUGAAUCUUAAACAUGAUUUCAAUUUUUGCAGUGAUUAACACUGUAAGUGUGUUUAAAUUGCAAAUGCAAUGGCAAAGACAAAGUAAGCAGUUUCAAUGUUAAAAAUCAGAAAAUGAGAAAUAUGAUACCAAAAAAUUAAUAACUUUUAUUAACAUCUUACAGUCUAUGUCUUUUUUCUUUGAGUUUUAAUGUAAACAGUCAAAAAAGCUAUAGUGUUGCUUCAGUCUACAAACAAUUACACUGUUGCAUUGCAGAAUGACUUUUUUACCUGACAAUACAGCUAACAGUUGUAUAUAAAUUGUUUAAUAGUUUAUUGGAAAUAUUGAGAAACAUUCUGAUCAGUCAUUUCCAGAAUUCUAGAGUCUGCAGAAACUGUUUAGCCAUAUCACAAUGCGACUAGCUUUGCAUUUAAGGUGUGUAAGUCUUGGGUUUCACUUGUGCCAUUCCACUAACAAUGAUUUUGUGAUGGUAAUGUGAAGGCACAUUGGUUGCGGUCAUGCUUCUGUUAUCAGAAACCAAUAUAUUAAUUCCUGAAAUUAAAACACUGCUUUAAGCACACACAAAAUAUCAUACAGUAGAUAUAUAUACUUUGUUAUAUUUUAAUAUGCAUUAUUGUUGAACUGUAGUUUCUUUCAUAUAAUGGCCAGGUACAUGAAGUGGAUAACUGAAGUAAAUAAACAUGGAUUAUUAAAUUCUACAUCCAAGUGUUUCUACAGUAUUCACAAGAAGAUCUGAUUAUAAUUCAGCAUAUUAUUUUUUUAGUCCAUUUUCAUACAAGACUGAGUUGUAACCUGUGAUAUCCGUCCUUAAUUUUUCAUCUGUGGACAUUUUCUUUGUUUGAUUCUCAGUAUCUUAGUGAUGAAUAUGAUCAUUUAUAAAGAUAUGCAUAUAUGUUCUCUGUAUUACUAACUCUCUCACACUGUACAGUAGAUAGAUCUCAGCAAAUGACACCAUGCAGCUGCAACUAUGUUCAACCACUUAUCUGAUGAAAUUUUUGAAUCCCAAGUAAGAAGAAUUAACACACAAAAGAUCUAACACAGACAUAUUUAAAUAAGUCAAUGGAAUAUUGUUGUUAAACUGUGACAUCCUAAACUGCUCCUUUCUGUAAAAUUGUACUUGUUAUUUUUGAACUAUGGUAUGCUAUUUGAUUUUGAGAUUUUGUUUAUGUAGAUGUAUGUUACAUGGAAUAAAGACUAGUUACAUCAGCUGAUAGUCUUUGACAAUCAUAAUAACUGUUGCAGAAUGAAAUAAUUGUGAAUUUUCAAAUGAGAAUUGUCAGAGAGCUACUGAAAUAAAUUGGUU